AUGACAAUGUUAAGCCUGGGUGCUCCUCACAUGUCACGUGAGUUCUACCGUUUUACUAAAGCACUAGGAGAAGCCCGGUCGAAGGAUGAGGAGGAACGUGUCGUCUUGGGGGAGAUUGGCUCUUUAAAGCGUCUAUUCUUAGCUAAAGAUGUGGAUAGGGAAAGUUUGAAGGAAUAUCUGGUUCGUGCCGUUUACGUAGAGAUGCUGGGUUUCGAAGCUCCUUUCGCCCACAUCCAUGCGAUAAACAUGGCACAAGAACGCAAAUUAGUGUGUAAACAGGCAGGUUACUGGGCGUGUCGACAGCUUCUUAAACCACAAUCUGAGUUGAUGUUACUGCUGAUAAAUACCAUCCAAAAGGAUUUACAGAGUCCACAUUUCAUGGAUGUAUCGUGCGCGUUACAAUGUGUCUGCGAUUUGGUUAACCAGGACAUGAUACCAACCAUUUUGCCAUGUGUGUUGCGAUGCCUGGAGAGUGAGAACGAACAUGUCCGAAAGCACGCUAUAAUGGCUGUUCGCCGCUUUCACGAGUUUGAUAAUUCUUGCGUGGAUGACCUGACUGGUAUCAUUGAACGUGGUAUUUGUGACCCUCGCCCUUCGGUGAUGGGUUGCACCUUAUCACUAUUGCAAGACGCUAUUGCAUUACACCCCCGAAGUUAUCGUCAUCUAGUACCCUCACUAGUUUCGAUUUUAAACCAGAUAAUUGAUCGGCGUCUUAAUCGUGCGUACGACUACCAUCGUGUACCUGCGCCUUGGACGCAAAUCGCAAUUAUUUCUAUUUUCGGUCGUAUGGGUCGUGGCGAUCGCCGGGUUUCGGAACAAAUCUUCGAUUGCCUUCAGAACGUGCUGCAGUAUGCCGAGUCUCUGCCAUAUACGGCUGGAGUAAUCAGCAAUGCGAUAAUUUUCGAGUGCGUGAAGACUAUCGCAUCUAUUACCCCUCGUGAGAGUCUGACUACUAUGUGUUCGAUCUCAGUUUCACGGAUGUUGAGUUCGGAUAACAAUAAUUUGCGUUAUGCUGGAAUUGCAGGGUUGGGUACACUGGUCAGUGUUGACAUGUCAUAUGCUGUGGAGAACCAACUGGUAGUGGUUUCUUGUCUCGAGGAUCGUGAUGAGAUGAUCCGUCGGCGUACCCUCGACCUAUUAUAUCGCAUGACUAAUUCUAAAAACGUGGUUACAAUUGUUGGAUGUUUCUUGGGCCAACUACGUUCGAAAUGUGAACGCCAUUGGAGUGCUGAGUUGAUAAGCAAGAUUACUCUACUUUGUGAAAAGUUUGCUCCUAGUGCUCUAUGGUACGUAGAUACCAUCCUGGAGUUGAUGAUGCUGGCACCGGACUUGCUUAAGGACGAGUUACUGUUCAGUACGGUACAUGUGUUGAAGGAAAACAUCGGUGACGUAUCGUUCCGUAAUAUAAUCUUAUCACGAGUGUCAGAUUUGAUGAAGCGAUCUGAAUUAUUACCUGAGAUGGUGGUUAAGUUGGUCAGUUGGGUCUACGCGAACUUCCCACUGUAUGAGGACGAAACUAACAAUAAACCUACCGAUGGUAUCACGUGCACUUCUACCCCUGUAUCAAGUGAGGAACUUCAGGAUGCAGCGGACGUGACUGAUGAAGAUGAGAUUGCCCAAGUGGACGAAGUUACAUCGCAAUCCGUCGAUAGUAGCCCUGAGAGAACCGAGGAGACUGAAGCUGAAACACCACGAGUUAACAAGAAAGAUAUAUUAUCUGAAGCAGUUUUACAGGGAUAUAUUGACGUGUUGUUACAGUUUUUACUGCGUUAUCGCCAGAGCAGUUCUACUGUCUGCUGGGUUUUGGGUUGUAUGCGUAGUCUUAUAAUUGCGAAUUCCUAUAAGAUAUCUUCUACUGUGGACUGUGCGUUAUCUCAAUUCGAGGGUUCCAAUUGUACCGAAGUUACACAGCGGUGUAAGGAGAUACGUGCACUUUGCAGCUUGCAACCUAAGCUCCAAUGGAGAUAUGAGAGCUAUGACAACAACCUUGGUUUUUUGGAAGGUUAUGUCCAACAAAGUGUAUUAUCUGGAUCUCGGGCUUACGAACGUCCUGUUGUUGAAGAGCCUAGUGUAACGGAGCCCGAACAUUUGAGUCCCGUACCAGAGCUGCGGUUCGAGCCCUAUGCUCUGAAAUCGGAACAGAUGUCCGAAUAUAAGGAGACUCUGACGACGGAGGAUUUGGUCAACGAGGAGCUAAUGUGUUCCGACGUUCCUCGUAGUUGGGGUCCUUCAGGCUAUGUAAACAAGAGUAGUGUUGAUGAAGUUGCUGAGCCUGUUUCAGCACCUGAAACAACAUCUCGGUCCACACCACUUGAUGAACCCACGUCUCAGUCAUUGCCAGUUGAACCGUCCAUCGACCUUGCCAUUCUUUCCAGCGGUUCACGUGCAUCUCGAGCUGCCGAACCGCAAGGUUAUGUAUGGCGUAAACCUGAGCGCCCAGCUCCCAGUCAACAACAUGUUGAGAUGGCUCGCGCACUAUUCCAAGGCAUCGGGACAUCGGAUAGCACUAAUGCUCCUGAUUCCUAA